CACGCCGGACGCUCCCACAGAGAGUUUAGCCCCAAGCCCCGGAGGCCCGGCAGGCCGCCUCCAGAGGAGCCCCCGCAGACGCCAUACUAAAAGUCAAAAUGGCUGCCCCAAGGAAGCCCGCACCGCGCAGCUAGUAAGGGUUGGGGAACAGGCUUCUGCGGGAAAGGGGGAGGGGGGCUCUCGGAAGAGCCGUCGCCAGAACCGCAGGCAGGACUAUCGCCCCCCCGAGCUGCACAGGUUCUAAUUACAGGUACACCUUGACAUAACUUUUGAACUAUCUGGAAAAAUAUUGCCCAGAAAAAAAAAUGAUAAAAUUUUUCCUCAUGGUGAAUAAACAAGGACAGACCCGACUUUCUAAAUACUAUGAACAUGUGGAGAUCAAUAAGCGUACAGUUCUGGAAACGGAAGUCAUAAAGAGCUGUCUCUCCCGAUCCAAUGAACAAUGUUCUUUCAUUGAAUUUAAGGAUUUUAAGCUGAUAUAUCGGCAGUAUGCAGCUCUCUUCAUUGUGGUUGGAGUAAAUGACACUGAGAACGAGAUGGCCAUUUAUGAAUUCAUCCAUAACUUUGUGGAAGUGUUAGAUGAGUACUUCAGCCGAGUGAGUGAAUUAGAUGUAUCCUUUUUCAAAGCUGUGAGCCAGGUUUUCCUCAGUACUUGGCAAAGCACAGGGUAGUCCUGAUCAGGUUUGCUGGUUUUCUGUCAUUCCUGCAUACGAAAAGAAAUUAUAUGUGAGCGAGGUACCUCAAGAACCGAUUUCCGAUCUGCGUGUAUUUGCAUGACGUUCUCAGCCCAUUCCAUCAGUGAUUCACCACGUGGGACUUUCACUCUUUCGUGCUUGAGACGACCCACUCGAAACUCUCCAGGAUCAUCUCGCCUGACAGUACUGGUGGUCCUUGUUCUUUCCACGGUGGCUUCACGUCGGUUUUGUAACCACACUAUUGCUCUAAAACAGAAAAAUAUUUAUGUAGCUCUACCGUUCAGUAAUAGUUAGAAUGUACUAUUAAACCAGCAAUGUAAUUCAAAGAUUUAACUAUUCUUUUGAAAAAUAGUAUUUUAGGGGCGCCUGGGUGGCUCAGUCAGUUAAGUGACUGCCUUCGGCUCAGGUCAUGAUCCUGGAGUCCCUGGAUCAAGUCCCGCAUCGGGCUCUCUGCUCGGCGGGGAGUCUGCUUCUCCCUCUGACCCUCCCCCCUCUCAUGUGCUCUUUCUCUCUCAUUCUCUCUCUCUCAAAUAAAAAUAAAUAAAAUCUUAAAAAAAAACAAACAAAAAAUAGUAUUUUAUUAGGCGACAGAUUUUCUUACUGCAUAAAUUGUUGCUUCCUCUCUUAAAACAUAUAAACCCCUUUAUUAUUUUUCUAAACAAAUUGAGAAAAUACUUAGGUAUUUUUCCUCUUUACUUUAGUAAUUAACAGAUCAAAAUAAAGGUCUGUGGUCCCAAUCCCAUGUGACACAAAAAUAUACAAAAACUGGGGAUGAAAUGAACAGCAUAGGGAAUACAGUCAAUAGGAUUCUAAUAGCAUUGUAUGGCUGACAGACAGUUGCUACACUUGUGAGCACAGCAUAAUGUACACAGUUGCUGAAUCACUGUUGUACACCUUCCAUUAAUGUAACAUGGCCUGUCAACUAUAUUUCAAUUUAAAAAAUAGACAAACUUAUGAUACAUAAAAAUACAAAUGACUGGGUGGCUCAGUCGUUAAGCAUCUGCCUUCAGCUCAGGUCAUGAUCCCAGGGUCCUGGGAUCGAGCCCCGCAUCGGGCCCCCUGCUCCGUGGGAAGCCUGCUUCUCCCUCUGCCUCUGCCCCUGCUUGUGUUCCCUCUCUCGCUGUCUCUGUCAAAUAAAAUCUUUAAAAAAAAAAAAGAAUAAAAUUAGUGGCGCCUGGGUGGCUCAGUCGUUAAGCAUCUGCGUUCAGCUCGGGUCAUAAUCCCAGGGUCCUGGGAUCGAGCCCUGCAUCGGGGCCCUUGCUCAGCAGGAGGCCUGUUUCUCCCUCUCCCACUCCCCCUGCUUGUGUUCCCUCUCUCGUGUCUCUGUCAAAUAAAUAAAUAAAAUCUUAAAAAAAAAAAAUUACAAAUGAAUACUUCUUAACUAUGGAGAAACUAAAAAAUCAUUAAGCUAUCUUUAUUACUGUGAUACAAACUGAAAGCCAUCAUUAAAAUGCUACUGAUUUUAAAAUAUUUUCUUUUGGGGGCACCUGGCUGGCUCAGUUGGUAGAGCAUGUUAACUCCUGGUCUUGGGGUUGUAAAUUCGAGCCCCAUGCUGGGUGUAGAAAUUACUUAAAAAUAAAAUCUUUAGGGGUGCCUGGGUGGCUCAGUUGGUUAAUCCUCUAACUCUUGAUUUCAGCUCAGGUCAUGAUUUCAGGGUCAUGGAAUCGAGCUCUGCUUCGGGCUCUGUGCUCAGCAUGGAGUCUGCUUGUCCCUCUCCUUCUGCUCCUCCCCCUGCUCAUGCUGUCUAUCUCUAAAAUAAAUAAAUAAGGGUGCCUGGGUGACUGGGUCGUUAAGCGUCUGCCUUCGGCUCAGGUCAUGAUCCCAGGGUCCUGGGAUCGAGUUCCACAUUGGGCUCCCUGCUGGGUGGGGAGUCUGCUUCUCCCUCUUUUUCCCUCUCCCCACUCACGAACUCUCUGUCUCCCCCAAAUAAAUAAGAUCUUUAAAUAUGAUCAACUGCGCAGGGAGGGUUGGGAUCCCUAACCCUGACAUUGUUCAAGGGUCAACUGUAGGAGAGCAUGUAUCCAACUAGAAAUAAAAAAAAACGUUUAAACACUACAACUCUUUAUAAGAAAACAAGAUAAUAUAUUCCUUCCAUCAGUCUUGACAUAAAGUAUAUUUGUACAUUUUGAGCUUAUAUAACACUAAAAAAAAUAUAAAAGUACUUCCUACCUUGAUGCACCAAAUGCUGUACACGUGAAAUAAAGCUGUCUAGUUUCAAACGGUAUUAGGAAAGGACACUUGCUGGUUAACUGUUCACACCAGUCUGGUAGAGCCCCACUUGCCAAUGCCAGCGGUUCCUGCAAAUUAACAAAUAACAAUGUCAUCAUACAAUUAUUUAAAAAGAAAAACAGGAGUCACUUCUUAAAAGUAAUGAAAGAAAUUAAUGCCAAUGGACCAUAUGGCCUAAAUCAACGAAUCAGAGAUUAACAGUAGAGAUGGUGGAAAGUAGAAAAAGAAGAGACAAUACUUUGAAAGUCUAAAAGUUACAGACUAACGAGUUCAACUAUCUGAUUUUAUUACCUCAAUCUGCUGCAAGAUUUUUGUUGUGAUUUUUUUGCUAGUGAAUUCAUCUGGUGGAAAAGUAAACUGAGGCUGCUCAUCGCCUUCUGUAAAAUUAAUAAAAUUAAUAAAGAUAUAAAUAAACGGACUUCCUUUUAAAAAUGACACAGAAAUGAAACAAGGAUUCUUACAGACCUUCUUGGGAUAUUCUUGAAUAAGGGUCACUUGCAACUAUAUAGAGAAUACGCAGAAGCUGAAGAACAUCUUCUACUCCGCAAGAAUUCUGUCCAUUGCCAGCUUUGGCCUGAGGUUGUUCUUUUGCCAAAUUAAGAAUAUCACUACUCUGAAGAGAGGAAA